ACGGAAAGAUGGCGGCGCGCUGGAGCAGCGAGAAUGUGGUGGUGGAGUUUCGAGAUGCUCAGGCCACCGCUAUGUCAGUGGACUGCCUGGGUUCUCACGCUGUACUUUCCGGGCGGCGCUUCCUGUACAUGGUGAACCUGGAGGCUCCGUCCGAGCAGCCGAGGAAGAUCGGGCGUCAGAGUAAGUGGGACGUGGGGACGGUUCAGUGGAAACCUCAUCGAGACGAGGCGCACGUCUUCGCCGCCUCCAGUAACCAGCGCGUGGAUCUGUACUCGUGGAAGGACGGCUGUGGAGAGAUUCACUCGUCCCUGCAGGGCCACACCCGGGUCAUCAG